CCCGAGCUCGCGGCUUCCGGGAGGCGCCCGAGGCCGGAUAAAUACAUCCCGGGCUCCCGGGGAGCAGCGGACGCUACCCGCACCGCCGCUCGCGCCGCCUGCACAGCGGUCCGCAGAGCACCGAGCCGCCCGGCUUAGGCGCGGAGCCCGCUCCUCCCCCUGCGGCCGGCGCGGAGCAGCGGAGAGCGGCGGGCUCGGCCGCCGGCGCCCGGGCCGCGGAGCCGAUGAGCGGCGGCGGCUGAGGGCCCGGGCCGGCCUCUGCCCGCCCUCUGCCCGGCGCCCGAGGGGGGCCGCAGCGCCCGGGGCGCAGGGUCCGGGCCGGUGACAUGGGGGCGGACUGAAGCACCCGGGGCGGCCGAGCGCUCUCUCUCGAGCCGCGGGCCCUCCUCCGCGGCGGCGGCAGCUGCGGGCGCCCGGCCCGGCGCGCUCUGUCCGGAGCGCCCGCGGGAGCCUCCGCCGCGCUUCUAUGCGCCUUUGCGGGCGCCGUGGGCCCGGGCCAUGGCGAUAGACCGGCGGCGCGAGGCGGCGGGUGGCGGGCCCGGGCGGCAGCCGCCCCCGGCCGAGGAGAACGGCUCCCUGCCGCCCGGAGACGCGGCGGCCUCGGCGCCCCUCGGGGGACGCGCGGGCCCCAGCGGCGGUGGCGGGGAGAUCCAGCCGCUGCCCGCCCCGCAUCCCGCCGCCGGCGGCCAGCACCCGGGCUGCAGCUCGGCGGCGGCGGCGGCGGCCCCGAGCCUCCUGUUGCUGGACUACGACGGGUCGGUGCUGCCCUUCCUCGGGGGCCUGGGCGGGGGCUACCAGAAGACCCUCGUGCUGCUCACCUGGAUCCCGGCGCUGUUCAUCGGCUUCAGCCAGUUCUCGGACUCUUUCCUCUUGGACCAGCCGAACUUCUGGUGCCGCGGAGCCGGCAAAGGCGCGGAGCUGGCGGGGGUCACCGCCACGGGCCGGUGGGACUCCGGCGACGUGGCCAACUGGACCAGCCCCCCGACCACCCCCUUCUCCACUGCCUCCUGGGGGGCCGCAGGCAACCUUAGCAACAGCAGCGGCGCGGACGGGGGCGACACGCCACCCCUGCCGUCCCCUCCGGACAAGGGGGACAACGCCUCCAACUGCGACUGCCACGCGUGGGACUACGGCAUCCGCACAGGCCUCGUCCAAAACGUGGUCAGCAAGUGGGAUCUUGUGUGUGAUAAUGCCUGGAAGGUCCAUAUCGCUAAGUUCUCCUUACUGGUUGGAUUAAUCUUUGGCUACCUAAUAACUGGAUGCAUUGCUGACUGGGUUGGCCGGCGGCCUGUGCUGCUUUUUUCCAUCAUCUUCAUUCUGAUCUUCGGACUAACUGUGGCACUGUCAGUGAAUGUGACAAUGUUCAGCACACUCAGGUUCUUUGAAGGAUUCUGCCUGGCUGGGAUAAUUCUUACCUUGUAUGCAUUACGAAUAGAGCUGUGCCCCCCUGGAAAACGGUUCAUGAUCACGAUGGUGGCGAGCUUCGUGGCCAUGGCGGGGCAGUUCCUCAUGCCCGGGCUGGCCGCCCUGUGCCGGGACUGGCAGGUCCUGCAGGCCCUCAUCAUCUGCCCCUUCCUCCUCAUGCUGCUCUAUUGGUCGAUAUUCCCCGAGUCCCUCCGGUGGCUGAUGGCUACCCAGCAGUUUGAGUCUGCAAAGAAGCUGAUCUUGCACUUCACACAGAAGAACUGCAUGAACCCUGAGAGUGACAUCAAAGGUGUGAUGCCCGAGCUGGAGAAGGAGCUCUCCCGGAGGCCCAAGAAGGUCUGCAUCGUGAAAGUGGUGGGAACCCGGAACCUGUGGAAGAACAUCGUGGUCCUGUGUGUGAACUCGCUGACGGGGUACGGGAUCCACCACUGCUUUGCAAGGAGCAUGAUGGGCCAUGAGGUGAAGGUGCCGCUCCUCGAGAACUUCUAUGCCGACUACUACACCGUGGCCAGCAUCGCCCUGGCGUCCUGCCUGGCUAUGUGCGUGGUGGUCAGGUUCCUGGGGCGCAGGGGAGGGCUGCUGCUCUUCAUGAUCCUCACCGCCCUGGCCUCGCUCCUGCAGCUUGGGCUGCUCAACUUGAUUGGGAAAUACAGCCAGCAUCCAGACUCAGAGUUGCAGCUGAAGUUGGCCGUAGGUAUGAGUGAUAGUGUCAAGGACAAAUUCUCCAUCACGUUUUCCAUCGUGGGCAUGUUCGCCUCCCACGCGGUGGGAAGCCUCAGCGUGUUCUUCUGUGCAGAGAUCACCCCCACAGUAAUCAGUUUUAGAGGCUGGAAGUCCAAGAUCAAGGUGUCAGCAGAUUUGGUGUUUAGUCUGAUUCCUGGUUCAUUGAUGGCCAUCUUCCCCCUGUGUCCUCACAUGGGAGAGAGGUGCGGCGGGCUGGGGCUGGUGCUGGCCAGUGCGGGCUUCGGCAUGCUGACGGCACCCAUCAUCGAUCUGCACAACCAGAAAGGCUACUUCCUGCACCACAUCAUUUUUGCCUGCUGCACGCUCAUCUGCAUCAUCUGCAUCCUCCUGCUGCCUGAGAGCAGGAACCAGAGCCUGCCCGAGAACAUCUCCAAUGGGGAGCACUACACACGGCAGCCGCUCCUGCCGCACAAGAAGGGGGAGCAGCCCCUCCUGCUCACCAACGCCGAGCUCAAGGACUACUCUGGCCUCCACGACGCGGCCACCGCGGGGGAUGGGCUGCCGGAGAAUGCCACGGCCAACGGCAUGAAGUCCAUGUAGCUCUCAGCAUGGCCUUCCCUGAAGGGGGGCGCUGUGGGCUCCAAGGGUUUGGGGCUGUUUGGGCACAGGUUUACAGACCAAGGACCGAACACGUGGCUGGGGGCAGGGAAACCCAAUUCUGCUGCUGAUGCCACAGAUGGUAAGACUGUCAACUGGUGUGGGGAAACUCUGUCUUUCCAAGACUCUAAGGACCGUGUUUGAAGAAGCAGACUCUUUGGAAAUAACCCUUUGGACUUUCUUUUCUGCCAUGAAAUGUUUGUAUUUAUUUUGGUCAUUUUUACAAGAAGCACUUUAUUCCCUUUUCCUCUGAUCUCGAAACGGAACCACCUCCUUCGGAAGAGGGACACGGCCACCAAGGAGGACGCUGUAGGCAACCAGCGCAGCGGUCCUGGAGGUUACACGCCAUCGUUGCCCAGCACCCCACAGAGGAGCCAGGGGUCGCUCCCUCUGGGCCCGCUCCCCCCAAGGCCGCCUGCCUGUGUGCAGACUGACUGGUCGUGGAGCAUCUCCAUGACCACAUUGUAGACAGAGUGAAAUGUAAAUGAUUAGGUUUUUGCUAGAGAGUCUGUGUAUGGUUUUUAAAGGGUUUUUGUGUGUGUGUGUGUCUGUGAGGUAAGAGCUUCUGUUCCAUGUGUUGGGGGAAAGCAGCUCCCAGAUGUCAUUAAAACCAGCUUAGUCUUCCUUCAGGAUCAUCCUUUCGUACUUGACGCUGGAAGGUGUCUGGGGAAAAGUUUGGACAUUUCACCAGAAAUCCUAAACAAUGAGUGGUACUACGGCCACAGUUCGCUGACGCAGGCUUGCCUGGCCAAGCUCACGACAAGCAACAGUGUGGAGACGUGAGACAUGUUAACAUGAUCAGGAAUCCUUCCCGGGUUUGGCUCCAGCAGGAAAGCGCCCCAUUCACACUCAGCUUCUUGGCCAGCGCAACUUGAAAACACGCUACUCUCUGAACUGAAAACCACUAGGGACAUAACUGAAACAGACGCCUGAGGCAAACCCACAGGAGCGAGGGGUGCUCUCCCAGACACAGCCCGUCACCCACAUCUCGAGCACACACCACCGCGUAGAGAUCACCAGCCCGGACGACUGUCAGCUCUCACUGACCUCACGCUGAGAGACUGCGAAGCCUGUGGGAGCCGCUGCCCCCUCCAGCCUGCCUUUGCCUGCUUCCUGCUUCCUGUCACUUCCGUCAGCACAGAGGGGGGCUUAGGGCAAGGAGUGGGAAUCUCACAGGUGGGUCCACCUGACCUCCAGCCUCUUUAAAGCAUCAAGACCAGUGGAGAGAAAGCAAUAACUCACCAAAGUUCAACACCCAUCCCCGAUAGCCAAGGGUUUUCAUUGUGUUCCUCAUUUUUGUCCCAGACAGUGAAGGCUUCUUCCUGCCUUUCCAGGUCAGGCUUCCUCCGCCUGUCUGGGGGUACUUCAGAGGAACCUUGGAGGGCCUCCUCAAGGACACCCAGGGGGCCACUAGGAAACAACACUGGCGCAGGCAGGCACUGCCUUGUAGCAACACAGGCACCCGAUUUUUUGGACAGCCUGGGUUCUUUCUAGAAUUGUCCACCUCUGCACUCUGUGACAUAUGUCUUUGCUGUGAGCUGUGUUCUUCCAGGGAACUUGUGGCCUCGAGUCUGUGAAGCAACUAGGUGACUUCCAGCUGACAGCUGCUAGAACUCAAAAGGGCCAGAAAAGAGAUUGCUAUAACUUCCCCUUCUCCCUUUCCAGCUUUCCACCUGGCCUAUUCUCAGUCCACCCACCUCUCUCCUCCAAAACUGCUAGACCCCAGUAGGAGCCCUCAGAUGUGAUAAAAACAUUGCUGGGGAGGUGAGCAGACUUGCAGGCAUGCGUGAUUCCAGGGAGUCAACUGCACUGUGUCUGACUCAUCACUAGUGCCUGGGGUGUCCAGCCUGCCUGCAAAGGAGGCCACCUGGGAAGCAGGCUGCCUGGGAAGGAAAGCCAUCUGGGAAGGAGGCUGCCUGGGAAGGAGGCCAUCUGGGAAGGAAGGCCACCUGGAUGGAGGCCGCCUGGGAAGAAGGCUGCCUGGGAAGGAGGCCGCCUGGGAAGGAGGCCACCUGGGAAGGAAGCUACCUGGGAAGGAGGGCCUCCUGGGAACGAAGGGCGCCUAGCAGUCUCUUCCCAUUUCUACCUGCUCUGAGCCCAGCUCACCCAGGCCUUCCUUCAUGUCGGUUAAGUCACUUUUGUUCCAUGUUUCAAUGUUAGUCUGCAUUCACCUUAAUUUAAAAAGAACUUUCUUUACAUCUGUGCAGCCUUCACGUGCCAAACUUGUGACAUACCUUUUGCCUUUUUUAGAGUACUUGCUACGAAGCCACCUGGCAGCAAGACCCAUUAAGUCCAGGACACAACGUGUGCAGCAGUCAGGCCACAGGGCAGCUGGGGAGGCGGGAAGGAGCCAGUGAGGUCCCUGGGGCUGCUCCUGGCCAGGUACAUGUCUGCAUCCCUCACCCCAGCCCCGGGACACCUUGCAGUGCUGGGACAGCCCCCUUGCUGUCCUGCAGGACUCGAGCGUGUUCUCUCGCUGGUCACGUAGACCUUCUGUAAGAAAUGUACUGAAGCUGUCAUGUGCUGCCAGUAAUCUCUAUCCAGGAAGGCAGAGGCGAGGCACAGCACAAAGUCCUGUUGCUUGGUCUCUGAGCUCCAUCCUACGUGACAACUACAAAAACUAGUCCAGCAGAGACAGCACUGUCGCUUCAGCGAUCGGGACUAACUCAUCAUCCACUAGAAGAGAAGCUAGCGUGAGGACUGGGCUCUUGGGACCAAAGUCUGGCAGAUGUGAAGGAGGCUGUCUUGCCAACAAUCAGUGAGGUCUCAGCAAAGAGGUCCCACAGCUUUUCUCUCCCAGCAGCCUCAGGGUCGGGCUGAGCUCCUGUCCUGUUGCUGGUUCAGCUUAGGGAUUUCUGAAGCUCUUGAGGAAUGCCUUUAGGAAACGGAGCCAAAGCAGAAAAGCUUCCGUGUGGGCUGAGCACUGGGAAUUCCCGUACCAAGUGAGCAAGGCAGCAGGGGCCCACCGGAGCCUGAUCCAUCUCUGCAUGGGUGGGGGCUGAGGCCACCAGCUCCCUGGCACCUGUCAGUAGUGUUUGGACUCCUCGGUCCUGUUUCCUUCGUCGUUAGUGAGGAAACACUUCUCAGGCACCUGCUAUUCAAGUCCGCCCUCCCCACCACCCCCACCCCCCACUGCCCGGGGAGACAUCCCAAGGUACAUGCUCCAGCUCUCCUCCUCCUCUGCCACCCACUCGUGCAUCCUGCUAUCCUAUCAGGGAGCUGUGAUCCCCUUUCAAUAAAAGUUAUGCACAAAUGUGAACACUUGAGACAGGGCUGGAUAUUUCAUUUUUUUCUUUUCCAGAAGUCAACAAGAACACCACAUGCACUAAAUAUUAGCACCCAAGACAAAUAGGAAACAGUUUUAAAUGCUUUGUUUUCUAAAAGAGUAUAAUCACUUUCAACUAGGGAAAAGGGGCUGGUAAGUUGGUUUCGCCACAGAACAGAAAGAGAGCAAAAAUAAACCUCGUAAAGGAAGUAAUUGCACUCAAACAUUAACACUUCCUAGAGCCAAACAAGAAAUGACUGAAGUGCCAUUAAAUGAACCGUGUGACCAUCGCAUCGCCCAGCCCCUAGGUGGCGCGCAGGUGCACGCACAUGCUGGGGGAGCCUACACUUCAACUCUUUUAAAGGACACCUCACUUUAAUGUAUUGUGUGUUUUGGAAAAGCAGUACAGUGUGUUAUGUCUAGUGGGGAAUACUUCCCUCUGUCCUUCCUGCAACCCCAACAUUUGAGGUUUCUCUGUAAGAACCGUGUUACUGUACAUGUCGACCGGGAUUACUCUGGAGGUGCUCAUUCAUAGCACAAGCCUAAAUCGGGUUCUGAACUGUCGUUCAAAGCUAAGCGUCUGCAUGAUGUCACAUCUGUUGUACCUUUGGGGAAAAUUUGUAUGUAAAUGUACAGAAAUAAAAAUGUUGCCCCAUUAACAAAUUUCCACUGGAAUGUCUUCCCUACCUCAUCUGAUGGUAUCCAAUGAAGGGCAUUUCACAACCAUUGACUACAAAGUAAUAAAAACUCUACCUGUUUAUGCA